AUGAACCGCGUUGACUACAACGAAAAGGCACAAGCCCUCCUAGACGACCAACAGUCCUACAAGUCCACGCCUCCCUCGCGAGCCAAAUCGAUGAUUGGUCAACUAACUGGACUCCUGAACCGGCUAAAGCGAAACAGUGCUAUAUCGCUGGACGAAUGGCUACAGAUGAAACCAACGGACACGGCACUGGCCCGGUUUUAUGGAUUACCCAAAAUCCACAAGCCCAAUGUUCCCCUUCGACCGAUCGUUGCCUUGAAAGGCAGCCCCACUUACAAUCUAUCCAAGUGGAUGGCCCGAAAACUUAACUUUCUCCGAGAAGGCUCAAGGACCUCCAUAAAUUCGGCCUCCCAAUUCCUGGCCGACAUCCGAGGAAAAGUUGUCCGACCGGAGCAGAUCAUGGUGUCCUUUGACGUGGUUUCAUUAUUCACGUCCAUCCCACCAGACCUGGCACGCGACGUUCUUCGCAAACGACUCGAAGAGAAUUACGACGAGACGAACAAACCCCUAAAAAUCGACCACUUACUGCAACUGUUUGCUUUCUGCCAACAAACCUUCUUCACCUUCAAUGGCAGAACAUACGAGCAGAUCAAAGGAACGCCUAUGGGUUCGCCAAUAUCCAGCCUGGUUGCAGAACUAAUCCUGCAGGAACUGGAAAAAGUCGCCUUCGACGCUAUGAACCUGCAUUUUGGCGCCGGUACGUGGACGACACGUUCGUCAUAAUUGAAAAGAGUAGACUGGCCGACUUCCAAGACCUGAUCAACGGCAUCUUCCCAGACAUCCAGUUCACAAGGGAAGAAGAGCAUGCCGAACAGCUGCCUUUCCUUGACGUUCUCGUCACACGCACACCCAACGGCGAACUCAACACCACGGUGUACAGAAAGGUGACUAACACGACUCAGAUUCGCAACUACCACAGUAACCACCCAAUGGCGCAUAAACGCAGCUGUGUUAGGACACUCUUCCAGAGGAUAAAAACGCACAGAAGUGAACCAGAGGGACGAGCACGAGAACUUCGGCAUCUUCGGGACCAACUGGCAAGGAAUGGAUACCCGAACAGCUUCGUCAGCAGCUGCCUCCGCACGCGCCCACGGCGAACAAACGGAGGAGAGCCAACAACACUCUGGCACCCUCUGCCGUAUAUAAAGUACGUAUCCGAAGCGAUGGAACGUAUCGCUGGAGAGCUCGGCGUGGGUAUCGCUCACCGUCCGACAGCGACCAUGCGCAGCAAAAUCAUGCAAGUGAAGGAUCGCCUAGACGUGGGUGAACAAUCGGGCGUCGUCUAUCAGAUCCCAUGUCGGGACUGCCCUCGCCACUACACUGGACAAACCGGACGACGACUUAGCUCACGAAUAACGGAGCACAAACGGGCGGUCCGGAGAGGCGACCCGUUGUCUCAGGUCGCCACUCACACCCUGGAGGAAGGCCACGAAUUCAACUUUGCGAGCACGCGGAUAGUGGCGCGGGCCAGCAAUAAGACAGGACGAGAACUGUUAGAGGCCUGGGUGUCUGACACCAACGCUAUCAACAGGCAUGUUGAUAUACCCCCCUGCUAUCACGCGCUCCGUUCCCGCGGUCAAGGGGCGAGACCCAAUUUCCAGCCAAGGGUGCACGCAGUCACGCCACCGUGA